UUGUAUUUGGCCCCUCCUGGAGUCAAAAAAUAACUUUUUCAGAUUGUUUUGGUGCACACAUGAGUGAAUAUCAAAAAAUAAUGAUACCAAAUGGUUGCUUCACAAGAAAUAACCUUUUUCUUCACUUAAACAAAGGGUUAUUCCCUAUGUGGACCGUAAAGAAAGAAUGAAAAAAUUAAACUAAACCUAGUCUUCUCUUUUUGCUAUUGCGCAUAGCUCUCUUUAGAAAAUUUGUAGAUCCACUUUAACUACAGUUCUUUGUAUUAUAGGAUCGGAAAGUUACACUCUUAGAAAUUAUUUAUGUGUUUAUGACUCGAGUGCUUAUCAUGGCCUAAGCGUAAUGAUGUUAUGAAUACAUCUAAUCGUGUCUUUUCACCUCUUUGCCUGAACUAUUAGCACUAUUUUUUUCAGCUUCAUGCCCUUAUAUCUCUCUCAGUAUCCUCAUAUUUUUUUCCCUGUAAACCUCUCUCACUCUCUCUUGUUAUGUCAGCUACUGGAACAAAACGAAUCAAUACAGAGACUACACCGGUUCAGAGAGAUGCCUCGGCUAAGCAGACCGCAACCAAGGGACCUUAUGGUGGUAAGAACCCCGGAUGCACAACGAGCUGCGGAUUGAGGUUACCAAGGAAAACAGAGGCCUCAGCAGCAAGAUGGAUUAAGCAUCUUGGCUGUAAAUUUGCAAAAGGUUUGCGUCUAGUGGUGAUGAGGAAGAAGAGAGAGUCUCCAGCGUCCAAGGUUUCUUCUUCUUCCUCCUCAGGGAGAUCUCAGCCGUCAAUCAUGCCAAUAAGCAAUGACAGUCAUAGAUCAGAGGCUAUAGAAGACUGCAUAGAGUUCAUCAACUCAUCAUCCUCCUUCACCAGAUCAAACUCUACUUCUUAGCAAGUUCCAUCUCUCCCGAAUCCGUUGUCACCGUUGUUCAUUGUCUAUAUCUAUUUGCUUAUUUAUGAGAAUCACAUGUAAUUGUCUACGUCUGUAUGUGACUUUCUGUUGAUGGAGUAAAGUAUAUAUGUGAUCAGUUAUCA